UCAACAUUUAUCAGAAAAUAUUUCACCGAAAAAUUUGUUGCCUCAUUAACUCCCUAUGUAACCUUCAGUGUCCAGUCUUUGAUGAGCCCCGUGUUUGAGCUCUCCGCGGAGUGCUAAAGUUUAGCCGAGCGGUAAAAUUUGGAUAUCUAUCGAAAUUCUUCAAAAUGGAUGUUUUCCUCAUGAUCCGCCGGAAAAAAACUACCAUCUUCACAGAUGCCAAGGAAACGACCACCAUCAGGGAGCUCAAGAAAAUUAUUCAAGGUAUCCUGAAGGUUGCUCCAGAAGACCAAAAGCUCAGUGAUGAGUAUGGCAACGAAGUCUUCAGUGAUGACAAAACCUUGAGCGACUACAGCUUCACCGUGCAGAGUGCUCGUGCUCAUACUCCAGCCUCCAUUGGCCUCUGUAUCAGAGGUGAUGAUGGGGAGUUCGAGGAGCUUUCAUUCAGUGCGUUGUCAUCCCCCCCAGACCUGCCUGAAGUCAUGCGGCAAGACAACAACCCCAUGCACGAGUGAACAACUGACCGCAACAAACGCUGCAACAACAAACCUUUUCAGUUAACUAUGUCCCAAAAUUAAUCUGGCUCCCACUGCUUAUUUUUCAUAAUUUGUGCAUUAGCUCAUGUUUUAGUCUAAUUCUUCAAAACCAUCUGUUGAGAGCUGGAUCGCGCAGCAUAGUCAAGUUUAUUUCAAAGUUAUUUUACUCAUCACUUAUAAGCUAUUGGAUUCGAGUUCCAUUCAGUGAAGCAUUUUAAAUGCUCGUCUAACUUUUUUACCCAAUCAUAACAGUUACUGGAUACUUCUGUGUAUUUAUUUUGUUCCUAAUGCCGUUCAUGAUGAUUAGUUUCUACCUUAGAGUACGAAAUAACGGAGCUACGCUACGGUCCUUCUGAUGAAAUUAUAUUGAGCGUUUCUAUAUUUUUUAAAGAGCUGUUUCCGGUUUAUUAACGAUCUCAAGGCAGCUUCUUCAAUGGUUAGACUCAGCAUCGCUCGAUCAGACGUAUUCAUCUGCUUUCUGGUAAAUGAGGCUCCUUGUUUUUUAAAGUUGAAGGUAAAGAAGAUAUUGGUUACGGUGUCAAAUGAUUGACGAGAUAGUCACGAGUUCUUUAGGUUUCUCCUACGUUGCGAAGAAAUUUUGUAGAUUUUGAAAACGUACUUGAACAAUUAAGUAAGCGUGCAUUUUAUUAUUUGGAAACCGCUAAAUCUAAUGCAAUGCAGAGUCUGGUUCAGUGCAAGCACUUGGUUUUCCACUUAGAUGCAAUUGAUAUGAAUUUGACUUCGGCUCAGACGAGUCUACCAAUUAAAGAUUUAGGCAUUCAUUCCCUUGAUUUUGUUAUUUUGGUCCUUCGCCAAUCUUGGAGUACAUGCAUGCGAUUUAUUGUCUCGAGAUGUGUGAGUGAAAUGAAGGGUCUCGAGUUUUUCUAUCGAUGGUGAGGAGUUGUUUAUUUAUGGUUCAAAUUUAAAGGGAUUAGCAUUCAUUCUGAAAAAUUGAGUGAAAAAUGGUUCAUUUCGAAUAGUACCUCAAAAUUGUGUAAGUGGAGAGUGUGAAAGAGCUUACUUUCUACAUUGAAAUUUCUGUAAUGUUCCUAGAGAACUUGUAGUAAUGCUCUUAUCUUGCAUCUCUAUUGUUGUCUUUCUUGCAUCUCUAUUGCCCAGUUUUGCUACACCGAGAGAACGUUUGUGCCGAAAGAAGAACAUCAGUUUAGUGCUUGAAGGUCAUCAUAUUAGUCCGUUUAAUGCGCUUAUAUAUGUAAUACCUUAGAAACUUGUGUAUCAUGCAGAUUUCUAGCAUUUCUGCUUGCUAUUCUAGCAGAAUCAUCCUCUUUUUAACGCAAGGUUAUGUUUGAUCUAUUCAUACGUAAAUGCUAUUGAAACAUUCACUCAUAGUCUUUCGAUUUAUCUGUUAGAUUGCAACGAUAUACUUCAUUAUGAUUUCAACGUUACGUCACUGACGCGACGAUCAAACAAGAUCUGUGACAAUUUUUCGCCGUUGAGUUUCUUAUUAUUUGUCGUCCAAUAAUUUAAUAAGUAAAACUUUAAAUCGAAA